GAGACGUCUCUUUUUUGAGAAAACGCUACCAUUUUGGCUUUGGUCAGCUGCUUCAGCGUCUACUUUUCACCUCUCUUCAAUUCCUUUGCACAGUUUUCAGAUGUGCAAAAAAAAUCCCUCUUCACAGCCAACAUCAGCUCUAAUUAGAACUAGGAAUCUAGGAUUAGAAUUGCUGAGCCAUCCUUCAACAUCAAAUCCCUAAUUAAGCUCUUAAUCAGUGGGGUCCUUUUCGUUUCUGGGUUUUCAUGAGUCCUGAAUCCAGACCAUGAGAAGCAAUCGAAAAGUUGAAGAAAACUUUCUAUGGGAUCAAAUCAUGAAAAAACAAUUUACUAUUGCUUGGACCUUCCCCAAGUUGGUAGUUUCUUCCAUUCUUUUGAUUUCUAUCAUCUGCAUCUUCUACAAUCUAAGCUUCUCCAAUGCCUCAAACCCGUCUAAUCACAGAUCCAAUAUCAUCAACACCCUUCAUGUUGUUGACCAAGCGAUGCCGCCACCUGUUUCUUCCCCACCAAAACUCGGUCCCCCAGAAAAAACUACCCUUCACCACUUAGUUUUCGGCAUUGCCGGCUCGGCUAGGCUAUGGGAGCACCGGAAAAAUUACAUAAAACUCUGGUGGAAGCCCCAAGAAAUGCGUGGCACCGUCUGGUUAGACAAGACCGUCGCAAAUAGGUCCGACGAUCAUCUUUUGCCGCCGGUAAAGAUCUCAUGCGACACUUCCAAGUUCAAGUACAAGAACCUGAAAGGCCACUAUUCUGCCAUUAGGAUAUCCCGCAUAGUGUCCGAGACUCUACGGCUUGGCUUUGAAGAUGUGAGAUGGUUCGUGAUGGGAGACGAUGAUACAUAUUUUGUGCCGGAGAAUUUGGUUAGAGUUUUGUCAAAAUACGAUCAUAAUCAGUUGUAUUACAUUGGGAGCUUGUCGGAGAGUCAUUUGCAGAACAUACAUUUUUCUUAUGGGAUGGCUUAUGGCGGUGGAGGCUUCGCCAUCAGUUACCCUUUGGCUAAAGCUCUUGCCAAAAUGCAAGAUAGGUGUAUACAGAGAUACCCCGGAUUGUACGGUUCCGAUGACCGGAUACACGCUUGCAUGGCGGAGCUUGGAAUUCCCCUCACCAAGGAACCCGGAUUUCACCAGUACGAUGUUUAUGGGAGCUUAUUGGGCCUACUAUCGGCGCACCCUGUAGCUCCUCUAAUCUCUAUCCACCACCUAGACGUGGUUGAGCCCAUAUUCCCAAACGUUAACAGGGUCCAAGCCCUUCAACGUCUAAAGGCUCCAAUAAAACUGGACUCGGCCGCAAUCAUGCAGCAAUCGGUUUGCUACGACAAAACCCGAAGCUGGACAAUCUCGGUCUCUUGGGGAUACACCGUUCAAAUAUACCGAGGCAUAUUUUCAGUUAGAGAGAUGGAAAUGCCGGCCAGAACUUUCUUGAACUGGUAUAAGAGAGCUGAUUACACUGGCUUCUCUUUUAACACCCGCCCCGUUGCAAGACAUGCUUGCCAGAAACCGUUUGUGUUUUACUUGUCUAAUGCUUUGUACAACAAGAACACGAACCAGACAGCUAGCGAGUAUGUUCAGCACCGGCUUCCAAGCUCUGGGUGUAAAUGGAACAUGGCGGAUCCUUCACGGAUUGAGAGAGUUCAGGUUUAUAAAAAACCUGAUCCCCAUUUAUGGGACAAGGCUCCGCGAAGGAAUUGUUGCAGGGUCUUGCUAAGGAAAAAGAAAGGCACCAUGGUUAUUGAUGUCGGAGUUUGCGGAGAAGAUGAUGUCAUUGAAUUGCGAUGAGCAGUUUCAGUUAUAAUUUGAUUAAUUUGUCUCUUUUUGUGAAAUUUAGACGAUAUAAUAGCCUUAGCAAUGGGUGUUGAAUAGCUUGUUAUAGAAAAUAGUUAUAGCAAAAAAGCGUUUUACAUAUUUAUAACAACUUAAAGUCUUCAUUGAGGACUCGCUCAGAGACUUUAAUUAAAGUAAUGAGGAAUUUGGGGUAUCUUCCCCACCGCAAGCAGAGCUGUGGGCUACGUUUGAUGGCCUCUCGUUAGCUUCGAAUGAAGGCCAUCGGAAUGUGAUUCUAGAGAUGGACGACUUGCAAGUGGUUAAUAUGCUGAACCAUGUUGAUGUUGUGGAUGGUAGCUGCACUGUUAUUACGAGCAUCAGAGGACUGAUAAGUUGCUUGCUUCAUAAGUGGAAUGUCUAAAAAUAAUAAAUUGACCUUAUCAAUUUAACCUUAGGUCAAUUUAUUAUUGCUUGCUCCAUAAGUGGAAUGUUGGAAUUUCAAAGAGUUUUAGGUAUU